GUAAUCCAAAUGCCUAUUCUCCCCUUCCCACCCCCUGUCACCGUCCAAUCCAUAUAUCUCCCGCUCUCUUUCUCUGUCAGUCUCCGUCGUCUCAACCGCAUAUCAAAUGAAGAUCAGAGGCAGGCAGUGUUCUCUCAAAUCUCAACCCAAUCAUGCAUCGCUUUUAGUCAUUCACAUUCCCCACCCCAGCGCAUCUAUAAAUUCUUCAAUUCAUCCUCAACCCAAGCACCAUAACCCAAUCUAAUCAAGCUCCAAGUGAUCGAACUUCAAACCACUCCAAUUAUUAGAUUCACUUCACAAAAUAACCAGCUCAAACAUGGAAAACCACAUCUUCUCCUCAUUCUCACUGCUACUGCUGAUCCUCCUCCACUCCAUCCCAACCCCAUCUCAGUCCCAACCUCCAUCUCCGGCGCCCCUGUCUCCGGCACCUCCUUCUCUGGCUCCUCUGCCUCCCACCCCUCCUUCUCUGUCUCCUCUCCCCCUCGUAUCCAUUUCCCCAACGCCCCUGUCCCCGUCUCCCCUGUCUCCGGCGCCGUCGGCCCCCGCCAUUAACAUCACCGCAAUCCUCGAUAAGUCAGGCCGAUUCACAUCCCUCAUCCGAUUGCUGAAAACCACCCAAGUGGACGACCGAAUCUCCACUCUGCUCUCCGAGUCCAAGCAGGGCCUUACCCUGCUAGCCCCCACCGACAAUGCCUUCUCUAAGCUAAAAUCCGGCACUCUGAACUCGCUCUCCGUUCAGCAGCAAGUUCAGGUGGUUCUCUUCCAUCUCCUCGCUUCCUAUUUCCCCAUUUCGGAUUUCCAAUCUGCGAGCAACCCACUUCGCACCCUGGCCGGAGACAAUGGCAACGGCGAUUACCCUAUCAACGUGACCACUUCGAGCAAUCUGGUGAAACUCACCUCAGGGCUCGUCAGCACAACAAUUGGCAAGACCAUAUACACUGAUGGGCAGCUGGCGGUGUACGAGGUGGACGAUGUGCUCCUUCCACCGAGGAUCUUCGCCAAUUUGCCGCCGGCCCCUGCGCCGACCAAACGCGGAAAGGCGGCGGCGGCGACUGCAGAUGAUAGUUCUUCGGGGUCUUCCGGUGACGGUGGCUCCGUGGAAUUAUCUGGCGCGGAGGCUCCGGUCUGGCGCUCCUGGGUUUGGUUUGGCGGCGCAGUGGCUGUGGCAGCGUCUUCUGUGUUCUAAAGAAAAGAAAUGAAGUGAUGGGCGGAGUGGCAACGUCCCAGGGUUGUCAAAAUGUUUAAUUUUUUUUUUUUUUUCGUCCUUUUUAUUCACGCGUGUUUUCCAUUUUACACAUGUUUCGUGAUGAGAAAUUAAUGAAAAUUUUUUUAAACUUUGUUUAGUUUAAAUUUUAAUUUUAGAAACAAUAAUAAUAAUAAUAAAUCACCGGAAUAGUCCGUUUUUAUUUAAA